AUGCUAAAAAAAACAUCCACUAGAUUGCUUUCGUUUUCGCAGCUUUUUUGUGGUGAAGACACCGCAAAGUUAAUACACAACGAGGAGCAAUGCCGACAGCUUAUUACCACCUUCCGACAGCUAUCCCCCAAUGCUCCGUUGCCAAUACCUGUUGCGACUGCUUAUACCACUUCUUGUAUCAAGAACAAAAACUAUCGCGAUGCGGUAGCAACCAUUUCAUCCUACUCUCAACCAGAAAAACUUGUUCUGAAUCUCAAAGAUUAUUUUCAUGAACACAAGGAUGAUUUUUCUGCAGAGGACAUCAAGGAGACGUUGGUCCUACUUCGGGAUGCCAACGCUCCUGGUGUAAUAAUUUUUUUGAACAUUUUGGCGAAUCACUGCAUCUCGGAUUCGAGUUGCUCAGAGUCAUUGAAGAGUGAGGUCCGACAGAUGAUUGUUAGCCAUAUCCGUUUCAUACCCUAUUCCGCCCCUAAGUUAUUGAGGUCUUUGUGUACACUGAGUUCUAGUAAUUCUGAUUGUGGUGAUAUCAUGGAAGUGGUGAAAAUAGCAAUUCAAAAGGGCUAUAUCGACCCCAGAGAUUUUGGCAUUGUUAUGGAUGUCUUACUGGCGCGCAAGGAUUACACCAAGAUCACCGCACUGUGGUCGUGGAUGCGACACACGUCCGCACGAUGGAACCAACGCACCGCCUCGGCGGCAAUUUGUGCGUUUUCGUGGCUUGAACAAAUCGACCAAGCGAUUGCGUGCAUUCAAUGUUUGGCGGAAGUCAACAUAGAUCCUACGAUUGAUGCCCAAAGCACGUUUACAUAUUAUUUGGCGAAUCGCAUCCCUCCACUUCCAGAAUAUGUUGAACAACUGAUGCGACAUUGGCAUCCUGAGCAACACACACUCUGGACUGGUCCAGCCUAUAGUGUUGGUAUAAAGUGUAUUUUUGCCUUUUUCCGUGCUAAGAUGCACAGAGAGGUGAUCUGUUUACUAGAUGAGGCAUCUAGAUCUAUGCAGAACAUACCUGAGGCCAUGGAAAGGUUUGUCAAACACAAAGGCAUGCAUGUUCUUAUGGGCCAUUAUUCCUCAGAGAUAGAUAUACAAUCUCCAAUAGGAGUACUUUUUUAUGAUAACGUGAAAGGGAUUCCUGAUCUGGCAGACUAUCCACUGCUUAUGGCUUCCUUUUUUACUAUCGGCUUACAACAAGGCCAGCUUUUAGAGUCAUACGAAACUCUUUCACGCAAUCGCUCAAUUUCUAAGGAUGAUUUUGAACAGUUAGUACGCUUUUCAUUUCGUUCUAUUCAAGAAAAAUAUCCUCAUGAAGCUUUAGACAUCCUUAAGGAACUUGCGCGGCGCAUGCAGAAGGACCUUCCCUCGGAUAUCGAAGCCUGGCUCGAGCUCUUUGAUUCACCGUAG